AUGCCUUCAUCCGUGGUCGGCCUUCAGCUUUCCUUUUCUGUCUCUCUUCUUCGCCCCCUGAUCCUCUGCAUGUUGGCCCCGGUGGUUGCGGGAAUAGAGACAGAUCCCAGCAAACGAUCUACACCAGAUCAGCCUUCGCUGGACAAGGCGCUGUUGGGAAUCCAGAUCGGUAGCAUCGCAGGGGCUUACUUGGUCUUCGUUGCAGUCCUUCUUGGGCUUUUGCUGCUCGUUGGGCGCAGACUUCGUCGAACCGUCCAGUCGUCCAACUAUUCUCUUCAAAUGCAUCUUCUACAGCCAGUGAAGCAGAACCUCAAUCUAGAUCCCGACCCCAGAUUCCCCAUGUCGCACCAUCCCCCCGGUCAGGCCGCUGCCGGUGCGCAGCAAGCUUCAUGGGGCAAUUUUCCCAGCGCAAAUCGGCCCUCGCAAAACUCGUCCACCCAUGGCAGUGUAGUCACCAUUGAUGAGUCCGUUGUGGCAUCAGAUCGUCAGAGGGCACAAGAUCAGAUGGCGAUGCUGUAUGCUGCCGUGUUGGAACACGAUGCACAAAAGUCGAUCAGGGACUCCGACUCACCGGCACACUCUCCGGACAGCCAGUAUACGAAUCCUUUUACAGAUCGGCAUGCAUCCCAGCAACCUCUGGGGGAUUCGUAUCGAGAGCCGCUCAAAUCUCCCAAACCGAGUGGUUCCCGUCUGACCAAGCUCUUCAGCUCCAAGUCUAGCUCGCAGCCCGACGGGGGUAAACUACGAUCCCCACGGUUUCCCUUGCGAAAACUGGGCAUCUCCUCACCGCUCGCAUCGCCAGACAUGCAUGUCUCUCAUUCAUAUGGACUUGAUCAAGUGCCUCUGUCGCCGAGACUAUACACCCCCGGUCCGCCUCCAGCGGCGCCUCGUGCAGCGCCUCCCGUCGCACAUAUUAUGCCACCACCGAACCGGACACGAGCGGCGCCGGCGCCUCUCAAUCUGAGUACGCCAACUUCCCAAACGCCCUCCAGUCUGCCCUUCCGUGAAGCAUACCCGUUGCAGAGCGCACCGCCCACCAAGACGACCAUCUUGGAACGUCCAACCAAGACUCGGAAUGGCCCGAUGACCGGCAUGCCCACUCCGUACAGUGCUUACAUGCCGUACACCCCGGUGACGCCCUUUACGCCCGGGCGGAUGGUCACUCGACGAGAGCGUCGCCGGGAGGAGCGUGAGAACGGACUCCGAGUGUUAAAUGAAGAUGAUCUGGUCAAGGAUGAUCAAGAUGUCUGGGGGUGA